AUGAAACCAUCUAAACUGCAAGAUCAUCUGAGAAGAUGCCACCCGGAUAAAACAGAGAAAGAUUUGAAAUACUUUCAAACACUCAAAGAUAAAUUUCAGAAGAGACCUACACUGGACAGAAUGUUCGCUUCGACGUCACAAAGAAAUGAUGAUGGUUUGCGGGCGUCUUACAAUAUCUCGUUACUUAUAGCAAAAUCCGGAAAACCGCACUACUAUCUAAAUUUUGCCAGCCGUUGA